AAAGUUAAAGGCAGAAUCUGUAGGAUUUCACGGCAAUUCUUUCCAACACCAGGUGGCAGUAAUAAAAAAAAGCACAACUCCGUCACCUCCACAAACCUCCACAGGGUGGCAGUAAUGAGUAAUACUCCUCACCCCUCCCACCCCCAAUUCACACAGCAGCGCCACUUUCAUCUCCACCGUCCACAAGACUUAUUUAGGAGCUGAGAUGGCAUCCAGUUUUUCAACUCCAAGUGAACCAAGUGACGAGGACGAUGUGUCACAAAGUUCGCAGCGUUUGAGCCGAGGCAGGUCCGGUGGACGGUCGAGAGGACGAGCAAGAGGGUUCAGGGUACGAGGCAGAGGCCGAGGCCGAGGAACACGAGCUGUAGCUUCCAGCGCUGAGCACUCGGAUAGAGUUGAACAGUAUCGCCGUGACCGUUUGGCUGCCACACAGAGACUUCUUGAUGACAUGACUGCUGAGUACCUAAGAAGGCUUGCAUCACAGCUCGUCGUAAGGCAACCAGGCCUGAUUUUUGAUCUUCUAUUGCAACAGAGCAAUUCAAGCGUCUCAGAGGCAGCUGGAGUCCCAGGAAUGCCCUGGUGUACUUGUGGGUUAUGCAGGGAGAUGCCAACCGACAGGGAGAGGAUCUGCUGUGGUCAGACACCAGCUAAUUGCAUCAGCAAGCUACCACAUUUUACCCAAUAUUGCCUUGAUGAAGGAUAUCUUAGGAUACAUAGGCAUUAUCGAGAAGAUGUGACAGCACUUGGCCAUGCAACAGAGCCAGGUGAUAACAGGCAGUACCGGUAUGCCGCCUAUAGGCAUUUCAUAUAAUGGAAGCACGGCUCCCUGGGAGCAGGAAAUCGGCGUGUCAUCCCCAGUUGUUGUGUGUGGGCUAUUAGAGAAAAGUUUCCUGAUCCACACAGACAGUACACUGGUUUUGUUCCUGGCAUAUGAUUGUGUUUUUAGGUAAACUGCAAAUUAAUAACAAAUCUGUGAAAUUUUAUAGAUUGUACAUAAUUAUUGUAUAAUUUCUGUUCACUUAUAACUUUGUAUUUUGUUUUUCAUUUAUGUACAGUUAUAUAACUUAAUUUGGGAUAGUUUGUUUGUAUUUAUACCUUUUUGAUUAAAAUAUACUCAAAUUUA